GUGAUGAGUGAGGGCAGCCUGCACUCGGGCGGGCACCACCACUACUACUAUGAUACCCAUACCAACACCUACUACCUGCGCACCUUCGGCCACAACACCAUGGACGCCGUGCCCCGCAUCGACCACUACCGGCACACGGCCGCCGACCUGGGCGAGAAGCUGCUCCGGCCCAGCCUGGCCGAGCUGCACGAUGAGCUGGACAAGGAGCCGUUUGAGGAUGGCUACGCAAAUGGUGAGGAAGGCGCACCGGCUGGAGAUGCAGCUGCUGCUUACACACCUGACAGCAAAGGAGUAGUCAAGUUUGGCUGGAUAAAAGGUGUGCUGGUACGAUGUAUGUUAAAUAUUUGGGGUGUGAUGCUCUUCAUCAGACUGUCAUGGAUUGUAGGACAAGCUGGGAUAGGUCUGUCUGUCUUGGUUAUUGGAAUGGCCACUGUUGUGACAACUAUUACAGGACUGUCUACUUCAGCAAUAGCCACAAAUGGGUUUGUAAGAGGAGGAGGAGCAUAUUACUUAAUUUCCAGAAGUCUGGGGCCAGAGUUUGGUGGUGCCAUAGGUCUGAUUUUUGCAUUUGCCAACGCUGUGGCAGUGGCAAUGUAUGUUGUUGGUUUUGCAGAGACAGUAGUUGAGCUACUCAAGGAAAAUGGAACAUUGAUGAUCGAUGAAAUGAAUGAUAUCAGAAUUAUAGGGGCUAUCACAGUGGUUAUACUGCUGGGCAUUUCCAUUGCAGGAAUGGAGUGGGAAGCAAAAGCACAGAUAGUCCUGCUGGUGAUCCUCAUAAUUGCUAUUGGAGACUUUGUCAUUGGAACAUUUAUUCCUCUGGACAGCAAGAAGCCCAAAGGUUUCUUUGGUUAUAAUGCCGACAUAUUCAUGGAGAACUUUGGACCGGAUUUCCGACAAGAAGAAACUUUCUUUUCUGUAUUUGCUAUUUUCUUCCCCGCUGCAACUGGCAUACUUGCUGGUGCAAAUAUCUCGGGGGACCUUGCGGAUCCUCAGUCAGCCAUACCUAAAGGAACGCUGUUGGCCAUCUUAAUCACUACAUUGGUUUACGUAGGAAUUGCAGUAUCUGUAGGUUCCUGUGUAGUUCGAGAUGCCACAGGGAACGUUAAUGACACCAUUGUCACCGAGCUGACAAACUGCACUACUGCAGCCUGCAAACUAAACUAUGACUUCUCAUCCUGCCACUCUCAGGCAGGGCCAGGGUGUCACUAUGGGCUGAUGAACAAUUUCCAGGUCAUGAGCAUGGUAUCAGGAUUUGCACCACUGAUUUCUGCAGGUAUUUUCUCAGCCACCCUGUCAUCUGCAUUAGCAUCUCUUGUGAGUGCCCCUAAGAUCUUCCAGGCUUUGUGCAAGGACAGCAUUUAUCCAGGAUUUCAGAUGUUUGCUAAAGGCUAUGGGAAGAACAAUGAACCACUGAGAGGAUAUAUUCUAACAUUUUUAAUUGCUCUUGGAUUCAUACUAAUUGCUGAACUGAAUGUCAUUGCUCCAAUUAUUUCUAAUUUCUUCUUGGCCUCAUAUGCCUUGAUUAACUUCUCUGUAUUCCAUGCUUCUCUUGCAAAAUCUCCAGGCUGGCGCCCUGCUUUCAAAUACUACAACAUGUGGAUUUCUCUGGUUGGAGCUAUUCUGUGCUGCAUUGUAAUGUUUGUCAUUAACUGGUGGGCAGCACUUCUAACCUAUGUCAUAGUCCUUGGGCUUUACAUCUAUGUCACUUACAAGAAACCAGAUGUGAACUGGGGAUCCUCAACUCAAGCCUUGACUUACCUGAACGCACUGCAGCAUUCCAUUCGGCUCUCAGGAGUGGAAGAUCAUGUGAAAAACUUCAGACCUCAGUGCUUAAUUAUGACAGGGGCUCCCAAUGCACGUCCAGCUUUGCUUCACCUUGUCCAUGCUUUCACCAAGAAUGUGGGCUUGAUGAUCUGUGGCCAUGUACAUAUGGGUCCUCGGAGGCAAGCCAUGAAGGAGCUGUCAACUGAUUUGGCUAAAUAUCAGCGAUGGCUAAUAAAAAACAAGAUGAAAGCUUUCUAUGCACCAGUGCAUGCAGAGGACUUGAGGGAUGGAGGACAAUACUUAAUGCAGGCUGCUGGUUUGGGUAGAAUGAGACCUAACACCCUUGUUGUUGGAUUUAAGAAAAACUGGAGACAAGGUGAUAUGAGAGAUGUUGAAACUUAUAUCAAUUUAUUCCAUGAUGCCUUUGAUGUUCAGUAUGGUGUAGUUGUCAUUCGCCUCAAGGAGGGCCUGGACAUUUCUCACCUUCAGGGCCAAGAUUUGCUGUCAUCCCAAGAGAAGUCUCCCUGCACCAAGGAUGUCAUAGUAAAAGUGGAUUACAGCAAGAAGUCUGAGACAGACACCUCCAUAGCUUUUGCUCCAUCAUCCAGUGAAAGAACUCCCACUCCACGCAAAGAGGAGGAUGAGGAUGGAAAGACUCCAACACAGCCACUGUUGAAUAAAGAUUCAAAGAGCUCUCCUUUAAAUUUGGCUGACCAAAGACUUCUUGAUGCCAGUUCUCAGUUCCAGAAGAAACAAGGCAAGAGCAAUAUUGAUGUCUGGUGGCUCUUUGAUGAUGGAGGUUUGACACUGUUGAUUCCUUACCUUAUCACCACCAAGAAGAAGUGGAAGGACUGCAAGAUCAGGGUGUUCAUUGGUGGAAAAAUAAACAGGAUUGAUCAUGACAGAAGAGCGAUGGCUACUCUGCUCAGCAAAUUUCGGAUAGACUUCUCAGAUAUUAUGGUCCUUGGGGAUAUUAAUACUAAGCCAAAGAAAGAAAAUAUUGCAGCUUUUGAGGAAAUGAUAGAGCCCUUCCGACUUCAUGAGGAUGAUAAAGAACAAGAAGUUGCAGAUAAAAUGAAGGAGGAUGAACCAUGGAGGAUAACAGAUAAUGAGCUUGAGCUUUACAAAACAAAGACUUACCGACAGAUUAGGUUAAACGAGUUGCUGAAAGAACAUUCAAGUACAGCUAACAUAAUUGUCAUGAGCUUGCCAGUGGCACGGAAAGGGGCAGUUUCCAGUGCACUGUACAUGGCCUGGCUGGAAGUUCUCUCUAAAGACCUGCCACCCAUCCUCCUUGUCCGUGGGAAUCAUCAGAGUGUCCUCACCUUCUAUUCCUAAGAGUGCUGCAGGUGGCACAGCUGUGAUGAAAUGGUACUGCAGUGCCCAGGGGAGAGGCACUGCCGUGGUCUAUCGCUCAUUAACAUCACAAAGGCAAAAAGUGACUCUUCUUUCACUAUUUCACUGACUUGAAAGCACACAAGGAAAGUCACUGUAUUUCUAAAGUUGUGACAUCUUCAGUUUUAUUCUAUAUUUUCUGUAAUUUAAUCUUGCUUAAUGGGGGAGGAUUCCUUGUUAGACUGAAGAACAAGACGAGCUUUUUGUUUGCUAUUUGAAUAGCAGCAAUAAAAUGUUGUAUUUUUGAUCAAUGAAAGGAUUAUAGAUUUAUAAAAGCCUUUUAGCCUUGAGGUGCCUUCUGAAAUUAACCAAAUCUCACCCAUACAUCCUAUUUUGUAAAUUUAUAUAGAAUGUCAAAAUUUGCCUUCAACUAAGAGUUUCGAUCAGACUUCCUUUAGUUUUUGGUCUAUUCCAUAUUACAAUAAAAAUGAAUGCUGCUUUUCAGUCUUCCAUUGAGCUAUUAGUUCUUAGUACUGUAUGUUUUUUGUCAUCAGAAAGUUUUUCGAUUUGUUGGGGGUUUUUUUUUGUUCGUUUGUUUUUGUUUUUUCUAUUAUUACAUCUGUUAGAUUUAAAGGUGAGAAUUGGGGCAGGUCAGCUGAACUAAAGCAAAUCCCUGACAUUUGCUGUCAUUAAGUUUUAUAACAGUUAAAAUAAAAUUAAUUCUGCUUGAAGAGAGGGGUUUUUUUCUCAAAUUUGACAAUGUAUAUUACUUUGGCAGUAGUCUGACACAGCUAAUUUUAUCUGCCUUGGCAGAGUGUAAUAUCCUCUAAGUCUUAGCUCUGCUGUGAAAUCAAGCUCAUCUUGCUGGCUUGAGGCUUUUUAUCUUAAUGCAAAUUAGAAGAAAAUAAAAGACCAGACCUGUCCUAGUUCUUGGCCUCUUAUGUUUUAGUGUCACUUUCAACUUAUUUUUGAAACAAAACUCGACUUAAGGCUUGAAUGGGGAUAAUAAAAGCAAUGUGAUGCUAUCUAACAGAAAACAGUAAACACUAUGUGGAGUUGUGCUAUCCAGUAUGAAAUGUAAAAGCUGCAGUUCUCUCGCAUUUUUCAAGAAAUGGUUAAACGGACCACUGAGUUCUUAGGGGAGAUGUUUUUAGGUCAAUUCAUUCAGUUGUCAGAAAAUGAGUUUAGUCUUACUGAAUAAUACUCAGGUUUGAUCGUCUAGCAGUUUUGAUCUAUUCCAUACAUCCUACUUUAUACAUUUUUCUAUGUUCAAUAAAGAAACUGCCAGUCUUGUGUGCCCUUUCAUUGUA